UUCUGGGGGUAGAGGAAGGGGGUGUCUGAGAUGCUCAGAGUGGAUUUGGGGCACCAACAUGGAAUGAAGGCGGCAGUGGUGCUCACUGGGCAGCUUCUUGUUUUCUUCAGUGUGAAAGCAUGGGCACAGCAGGACCUGAGACACGUGGAGGGGCUCACAGAAGGGGUGGCCUACCUCAUCCCCAGCAAACAGGGCUCCUUCCAAAAAGUCGAGUGGCGUUUUGGAAAGGACCUGAAAAUUGCCAUCCGUGAGAGUGAGAAGAAAGUCCGUUACCCCAAUGGGCCCUAUAAGGGUCGCCUGGAACUCUUCUCCAACAACACCCUGAGGGUGGACCAACUGCAGAAAGGAGACAGCAACACCUACUGGGUGUAUAUGGAGGAUGAUGCGAGCACAGUGCACUCUGAAAGCAUUGAACUGCGGGUGUAUGACGCAGUCCCCAAACCCACUGUGAGUUAUGUGGUGGAUAAAAGCAACCCGGAGAGCUGUAAAGUCACCCUGAAUUGCUCAGUGGGGCUGGAGGAUGUCACCUAUGAGUGGUUGCCUCCCAGGAAGGUCAUAUCAAAUGGCGGCGGUGAGCUGUUCCUCUCCUUCAACCCCGUGGUGGAAAUCUACACCUGCAUAGUCAGGAACCCUGUCUCCUUCAACAGCUCCUGGCUGAUCCACAAGCAUCCCUGCUCCUGGGAAGCUGAGCCUUCUGCUGCCAUUGCCUCCAUCAAGACCAGCAUGCUGGUGGCCCUGGGAUGUCUCCUCCUCUUCCUCCUCCUCACUCCACCUUAAUGAUACAUCACAGUUGAUGCCUAUCCUCCUCCUUCUGUCUACGAGAUGAGGCUGGAUGAAGCACUCCGACCAGUGAUGGACUGCAGUUCUCCUGGAACCCCUCACAACCAGCACCCAGGACACACACUCCAGUGACACACAUGUGCUAUGCCACCUUCUCAACCUUUGCUAUACAACCACGAAUGGUUUUUCAUGGGUAUUCCAUAUCAUGACAACUGUUAGAGCUGGGAGGGCUGUCAGAGAGCUGCAGCCUUCCUUAAGUGUCUGCCAUAACUUUCAGUGUUCCACAGGUGUUCAGCAUUGAUAUGUUAUCCCAGUCAUUAUUGUGCCUCACACUGGGCCACGCUGGUAUCUUUUGUCCCACGAUGGGGUGGGGGGGUUCGGUUGAGAUUAUAAGAAACUAAUUUACGAGAACUGGUAAAGGGAUGUGAGAUGAUACUGUAGAAAAGGAAUCAAGGGUAAUGAAUUAAACAAAGGGACAUGGCCUUCUAACCAUGCUGUGGGAUAGCAGUACAGUCAGAAGGAGGUCCUUGUUUAUGUCACUUCCCCACUUCUGGAAACAACAUGGGAAUGACCAGAGCUGAUAGGAGUUGCAGCUUUCAGCUCUCAGGAAACACAGCCCUCCCAGCUCUGACAUUUCCCUGCAGGAUGUCAUGAUAUGGAAUAUCAAUAAAAAACCAUGACAGCCACAGGGACUGUCUUUUCCAAUGAUGCUUUGAGAACACCAGCAAAACAAAUCAAUAAAUUGAUGGUUAAGUGCUGAAAAA